AUGGUCGAGCUGCUUCUUAACGACAAAAAAGUGGAUUUCAAUGCCCAAGAUGAUGAGGGCAUGUUGCCGGUCAUGGUGGCCGUCAAGAAUGGAUUUACGGAUAUAGCGGAGCUUUUCCUUCGAAGUGAUUUUUCAGCCCGAAUAUAUUGGAAUUUAUGUGAUCAGCGCGGGUUUACUUGCCUGUUUUGGGCUGCUACAUCUGAUUUCGAGGAUCUCGUCAGCCUCCUCUUGAAACAGAGUGAAAUUGUCCAAGGUAUUGACAAGCCCGGUGCUCGUCAUAGCCCUCUUGCGUCAGCGGCAAGAAAGGGGUAUGUACAGAUUGUGAUAGCUUUGCUCGAUCACAGUGCUACCCCUGAUGCCAAAGAUGAUCGCGAAGGCAGGGCUGCAUUGUCAUGGGCGGCGGGGAAUGGUCACGAAGACGUAGUGGAUCGACUACUUCGUUGCGAAGACAUUGACAUCAAUCACGCAGAUCGAAGGUUAAAAUGGACUGCAUUCCAGUGGGCAGCAGCUCAAAAACAAGGCGCAAUAGCGUGGAAGAUCCUACACGAGACAUUGGAACGGCUUGGCAACCGUUGGCGCGAUUAUAUAUCGACACUUUUCCUAGACGUUGCCAAAAGGGGACAAUAUGAAGCCCUCAACAUUUUGCUUGAGCUACACGACUUCGACCCCGACUUCAGGGACAGAGAUAGCCAAAGGACAGCUUUAUCCUUUGCUGCAGAGCAUGGUCAUGUGAGAAUUGUCCAAAGGCUUCUGUCUUCGGGCAGGGUGAAUGUGAAUGCUGGAGAUGUGGGAAGAAAGACUGCUUUGAUGUGGACAGCUGACCAAGGUCGCUCCAGUGUUGUGAAAGAGCUGCUCGCCCGCGAGGAGCUGGAUAUCCUAGCAGUAGAUUCAGAAGAAAGAUGUGCCUGUGACUGGGCGCAGGCAUCAAACCACCUUGACGUGCAGCGAUUAAUCGAAGACAGACAGCAUCGAGUGGUUCACAGAUCCAGGAGCCGUCAAUCAAGCGGCACAUCCUAG